AACAUCAGGUGGAAGUUGUCUGUCUUAUGCUUAUAUAGUGAUGCGGAGUGCGGACUGACAGGAGUUCUUCUGUUUAGUAAGUGACGGACUCACCUACCUGACCUGUUCAACCCACUUGCCAUUGCUAAAAGCAAGCGAGUCAAAGGGGCGUGGUAAUGCGGAUAUUGAUCCCUCAGUCAAACUCCAAAGCCUAUAACCUCUCCUGACCAAGCUUCUCAUUGUUGUGGAUCCAUCCAUCAGCCCGUCCCCAACCGAUUCAAUCCAUCACCAUGUCUAAUCCCUUCUACAAUCCCGAAGACGAAAUCGACGAUGAAGAGUUCGUCAAUCACUCCAAGACUGGCCAUGCCGGUUACAUGCUGCCCAAUCACGCCAGUGCUAACUACGGUCCGCCCGCUCGCACCACGGCUACCGCACCAACCUUUGAAAGCCGUCAGCAAGCCCUGAUGCAAAAGCGGCGGGAAAUCGAAGAGCGAACCGUGGAUUCGAGUCAUCGCUCAUUGGGACUCUUGUACGAAUCCGAAAAGGUGGGCCAAGCCACGGCGGAAGAGUUGUCCCGACAGAAGGAGCAACUUCAGGCCACGGAAUCCCGAUUGGACGAUAUCAACUCCACACUCAAUCGGAGUGAACGUCAUCUCCAAGGGAUCAAGAGUAUCUUUGGUGGGAUUCGGAACUAUUUCUCGGGUCGUGGAGCCCCUCCACCCGCCGGGGCGGGGGGUAGCUCUGGUAGUGCGAGUACGGGCAAUUUGUCAGCCAUGGGUCAAAUUGGGGGUGGGGCCAAAGCCGUGGGCUUAAGUACCACAGAUAGUGACAGUCGGUUGGAUAGCAUGCGGCAAUCCAAUCACCCCGGGCUUCGCAAUAAUCGGGGUUUGACCGAGGAUAGUCGCAUGGCUGGGAGUGGCGUGGACGAGAUCUUGGAUCGAAAUCUGGACGAAAUGUCCAUGGGCUUGUCUCGACUCAAGGGUUUGGCCCAGAAUCUGAACACGGAACUGGAAGAUCAUAAUGAUAUUCUGGAUCGAUUGGAUCACAAAACGAGCAGCACGCAAUGGCGGGUCGAGAAACAGAACAAAGAUAUGAGUAAAUUGCUCAAGAAGUGAGGACCUCGCCCUCGUCAUGACUUCUUUACUGCUAUCAUCAAUACAAGACUCGCCACCCAUCUAGAUGAUGAUCGGUGGUCACUGAUCCAUGACUCUAGUGCUAGCAGACUUAGGCCCAAUAUUCUGUUCUUUUACACUUAAAUGAUGAACCUGUUCAUAAUUAAUUGCUAGUUGCAUUUCAAUAAAAAGUAAAACAAUAACCAA